ACACUACCUGCGACCUAGUACUCUCUUUCACUCUGACGCAAAAUAGAAACCCCCUGACCUGAAGUUGUCCUGAAACCCUACUACUCCCAAGUCACGUCAUCAGUCCGUCGGGCCUUCACCAUUGCAAAUUUGCAAUCCAGUCAAACAAGGGUUCCAUCAUCACUUGCAGACGUGCUUCAUGGCCAGUGAUUCACCUCCCAGUCCCGCCGUCGCCGGACGUGAUAUCGCGGUCGGCAUAAGUGGAAAGAGCUCACCUGUUGGGGCCGUCGCCGGAGGCGGAGAUGAGAUUUGCAAGAACGGGCAGAGUCCACCUCCUUGCGCCGUCGGAGUCGAGUGCCUGCUGCAUCCAUCUGUCCCUGUCGCCGCCACUGAAGACAAUAUCACAGUGAGUACUGCUGUCGCCGGAGACGGGCCUAAUGUCGGUUCCGGAUGCGGGCUACACGUCGGCGUCGGAGCUGGGAUCUCGUCCGAUGGAAGCAACGGUCACAGCUCUACUGAUUCUGCUGUCAUCGAAAGUGACUAUCCGGACCUUCAGCCCCAAGAUACAAACCUCGUGCUUGAAACUGGCAAUUUGGAGAGAGGUACUGGCUUUGAAUCUCCUAUCGAUCCGGUUAACUUCGAAACAAUCAACCCCUUUCUGGCUUUGAUUCCACGCAGUCGCUUGAGUGUUCGUCUACUUCCCGAAGUUUGGAGGAGCGAUAUGGGUAACUUUGCAAUGCUUGGUGGCCGUUUGUUUGAAACUGGCAACUUGGAGGAAGGUACAGGCAUUGACUUUGGAUCCCCGAUCAGUAUGGGCGGCACCCCUGUGCUUCCACCUGUUAAUGAGAAUGGCUUCACAGCCUUUACUCGCAGUCUGCUUGGCGCCUUUGGCUUUACCUCCGUGCCGAACAGUAUGGGUGGCACCCCUGUGCUUCCACUGGUUUAUGUGGAGGGAGAGGGAGGCCGUCUGCUUCCAGGCAUUGACUUUGCCUCCCUGCCGAUCAGUAUGGGUGGCACCUCUGUGUUUUAUAAUGUGGAGGGAGGCCACAUUGGCCACAUGCUUGCAGGCAUUGACAGUGCAUCCCUGAUCAGUAUGGGUGGCACUGUGAUCCAAACUGGCAAUGUGGAGGGAGGCCGCAUUCGCCGUAUGCUUGCAGGCAUUGGCCUUGCAUCCCCGAUCAGCAUGGGUGACACCCUUGUGAUCCAAACUGGCGAUGUGGAGGCAGGUUAUCUGCUUACAGGCAGCCGCUUAGGUGUUGGUAGGAGCGACAUAACCCCAAUGAACGAUGACUUCCGAAUGUACAUUGUGAAUGCUGAGCCUCAAAGUGGCAAUUAUCCACCUCCCUUGGAGAUGAGUGGGGACAAUUCUCAUUUGGUUCGACUACUGGAGCAGCACUUGAGGUCAAAUUGCUUUGUUAUACUGCUUGUGACAUCGGAAAUAUUAGGCAUGGUGUUUGAGAUUAUCUACCAGGAGUCUCACAUAAUGCCCUACUUCGUUAUUUGGAUUGUUUGUGUCACGAUUGUCAUGUAUGCGGCGCGCCGACUAGCUAUGAUAGAAGGCGGCAUGGCCAAUCGGGAGCAGUUUGCUGUUUACUCAAGAUGUUUAUCAUUCUUCCUUCUUGAGCUGCUCCAGUAUUGGGGGAUCCAUCAGGGAAACUAUGUAACUGCUUUGAAGAUCAUCCUCAAGGUCACGGGUGCGGUUAUUGGUUGGUGGGUGGUGGGAGUACUUCAAUCAUACAUGGAUGCAUUCGGUAUGCAUCUGCCACUUCGCCGUCGUGAGGAUUAAACUGAUAGAUGAGGAGGCAGGUAGCAGGCAAUGAGGGACUAUACAUUACAAGGGAGUAAUACGAGUAAUUUGCCCCUCCCCAAUGACUCAGUUCUCAAUCUAUACAUUCGUCUUCUAUCCACUCUUGUCUUUAUGUAUAUUAUUUUUUUAUUCAAAUGGGGGUAUACGACUCUUGUAGAACACACUCAGAUGGGCAUAUGUCUUAUGAACUCUAUCUUGUGAAUUGUUAUUAGAUGCUCGGCCCUCAUGGUCAGGAGUCAGGACUGCUUGUAAUAGUCUCUAAAAUGGGUGCUUUUUGGGUAUAUGUUCUUUUGUGAUUGAUAAGCUUAUUUAUAAC